AUGAAGACAGCUGUGACUCUGUUGACCCUGGUGGCGAUGGCAGUCGCUCGGCCUUCGCCGUUGCCUCUCCCACUGGUUCAGCUCAUCGUCAACGUCAACGUUACAGACACGAACCCUUCCAUCGUCAACCCUGUAAUCCCAGAACCCGUCAAACCUCCAGUAGUCGUUGACCCUAUCGUUCCAGAGCCUCCAGUAAAUCCUAUCGAUCCCAUUCCAGUUGACCCUGAGGUUCCCGAACCAGAGCUUCCCGUUGUUCCUGAGCCUGAACCAGAGCAGCCCAUCAUUCCCGACCCGGAGCCAGAACAGCCCAUUAUUCCUGAGCCGGAGCCAGAGAACCCUGAGCUUCCCGAGCCUGAAGUCCCCGAACCAGACCCGGAAGUCAUUGAGGUUCCUGAAGCGCCUGAGGUCAUUGAACAACCAGAAGAGACUCAACCUGAACCUGCCGAGGAGACUCCAAAACAAGAGUACUAA